GACUGGCGCGCGUUCCGCGCGCGCCUGGUCGAGCGAGCUGCGCGCGGCGCGCCAGCCGCGGCGGCUCCCGCCGCGCGGGGCUGGAUCCACGAGACGCCCCUCAUCGAGCGAGGGUCCGUGCUGCUCGCCAAGCCGGGCGAGCACCACGUCCUCGGCGAGCGCACGCACUUCCACAAGGCCGUCGUGCUGCUCCUCGGCGGCGACGGCCGCGGCGGGCACUCCGGCAUCAUUCUCAACCGGCCGACGUCGGGAGCCGCCGUGCUAGGCGACGCAGACCUGGCGGUGUGGUACGGCGGGCCCAGCCAGGGCAUCGGCCAGCCGGGCACCGAGAAGUACAUCUCGGGGAAGCGCCAACCCGAGUCCCCCGAACCCGAGCCUUACGUCUUCUCGAACAUCGCGUGCCUGCACGCCCGGCCGGAGCUGGCGACCCCCGGGGCGCAGAGCCCGGCCGGGCGGGCGGCGCCCGCGGAGUUCGUGCUCUGCGUGGGGCGCUGCGAGUGGCCCCCGGGCCAGCUGGAGCUCGGGGAGGGGAGCGUGGCCUGGACGCUGGCGGCCGCGAGCGCGGAGGCCCUCCUCGCCAGCCUGCCGCGGCGGCGGGCCCUGGAGCGCUGGGGCCGCGGCGGCGGCGCGGGCCCGGGGCGGGCGGCGGCGAGCGGCGUGUCCGCGUGGAGGCUAGCGGGGCUAUGA